AUGUCACCAGAUACAAUCGACGAUUAUCAAGCGUCGGCUCCCUUUGAAGGCCCCGAAAAGCUUCUUGAAAUAUGGUUUGCACCAUCAGCUACAAAAGUGCCAAUUCUUGACAAAGCUCGAGGUAAAAAGACCGGCCUCCGCACCGUCAGUCGCCAAACAUGGGAAGACAUGUUGGACAUCGUAAAAUGCAAGGUUUUGAGCACCAUCGAAGGCGAUGAAAUGGAUGCCUACCUUUUAAGUGAAUCGUCUUUCUUCGUCUCUCCCCACCGUCUCAUCCUCAAAACUUGUGGUACCACCUUGAACCUUCUGGGGCUGCCACGUAUACUUGAAAUAGCCGCCAGAGAAGCGAAUUUAUCCACCGUUUAUCGAUUUUUCUAUUCUCGUAAAUCGUUCAUGUUUCCGGAACGUCAGAUGGGUCCCCACCGUGACUGGAAACAAGAGGUCGAAUUUCUGGACCAGAUUUUCAGCAACGGUGCGGCCUAUACCAUCGGCAAGGUGAACGGCGAUCACUGGCUCCUAUACCUUACAGGUGCAGAAGCACUCUCCACCGACCUCAGUCCUUCUAUUACCCAUCACAUGGAGUUUGAAGAUCGUCAUAUCGAUUAUACCAUUGAGAUAUUAAUGAGCGACCUCUCAACAAAAGCUCGGCAACCUUUCUUUUUCUCCGAAACGUCUGCCGAUGAGCCCGGUCCAUCUCCUGCGGCAUUGGCGGCUGAUCUCUCUGACAAACUUGGAAUAACUGCCAUCUUUCCACCCUCCCUGACCCAUCUCGAUGCGUAUGCAUUUCAGCCCUGCGGUUAUUCCUCCAACGCACUCAUCAAAUGGGGUCACGAAUCAUUACAAGACAAUUUUGAACAUGGUGCACGCACAGCAGGGCAUUUUGGCGAAGGGUACUACACCAUCCAUGUUACUCCGGAAGAAGGAUGGUCGUAUGCCAGCUUUGAGUGCAACGUCCCUCUCUCCACUUCAAAAAUAUCACAUCAAGCCAAAAUCCCGGAUCUCAAGUCGCUCAUUAAACGUGUCGUCAAUAUCUUCGAACCUGGUAGAAUCACUCUCACACUAUUUAUAUCAAGUGAGGAUAAUGACACAGGAGGAGAGUCUGCUGUCGAAGCCGCGCAACGCGCCUUCAAAAUAGCGCUCGCAGAAAGUCCGAGGGUCUCUAACAGCGGUGGAUCUAAAAAAUUAUACAAGAGAACUGACAAGAUUAACUACGAAUUCGGAGGGUACGACCUUGCGUUUGCUAGCUUCGAAUUAAAAUGA